AGAGUGGUCUUCCCGGAGUCUUGCUCACGUCUCUCCUGCUGCAGCUUCAGCGCUGACUGAGGAGGAUGGAAGGAGGAGGGGGCGGGCAGGAAGAGGCUGGAGUCGGCGACACCCCCUCCUUUCUGCGCUGCGAGCGCCCAGACGACGGCGGGAUGACUGCCGGGAGCCCCGGAGACCGCGCGGAGGUGCGGAGGAGCCCCGAGGGCCGCGUCUCUCGCCUGGGCCGCCGCCUGGGCCGCCGCCGGCGCCCGCGCUCCCCGCCGGAGCCUCUGCGGGUGCGGGCGCGGCUGCGGCUGCGCUCGCCGUCGGGGGCGUUCGCAGCGCUGGGGGCGCUCGUGGUCCUGGUGGGCAUGGGCAUCGCGGUGGCCGGCUACUGGCCGCACCGCGCGGGGGCCCCGGGGCCCCGGGCUGCCAAUGCCAGCGCGCCGCCGGUGAGCGAGCUGCGACGCGAGGGUCGCGGUGCCGGCCGGGCCCACGGCCCGCACGAGCGGCUGCGGCUCCUGGGGCCCGUGGUCAUGGGCGUGGGCCUGUUCGUGUUCAUCUGCGCCAACACGCUGCUCUACGAAAACCGUGACUUGGAGACCAAACGGCUUCGCCAGGGGGCACUGCGGGCCCAGGCGCUGCGGCCCCCCGACGGCCCUGGCUGGGACUUCGCUCUGCUCCCCAGCCCCGGCCCGAGGACGCCCCUGGCCGUGGGCUGUGCGGAGCCAGAAAGCUGGGACCUGUCGCCACGCCGGGGCACCUCGCCUGUCCCGUCAGUGCGGAGUCUGCGUUCAGAACCUGCUAACCCUCGCCUAGGGCUGCCUGCCCUGCUCAACAGUUACCCGCUGAAGGGCCCGGGGCUGCCUCCACCCUGGGGCCCGCGGACCCAGGCUGGCCAUGUGAUCAUCACCGUGCAGCCCUCCGGCUCCUGCAUCGAACACUCCAAGUCUCUGGAUCUGGGCCUUGGGGAGCUCCUGCUUGGGGCCCCCGCUACUCGGGACUGUGCUCACCGCAGCUGGCCGCGGCUGGAUCACCUCAGCCUGGAGGGCUAUGCCAAGCUGGGAGGGGGAGUGGACUUGGGGGCUCGGGUUUGAGCAGCAGCGGGUGGCCUGCGGUGAGGCUGCACCGCGGACCUGGUAGCAGGACCGGCGCUUGUCACUUCCCAGACUGGGGGAUGGAUGCUCCGGCCGCAGCCGCUGCUGAGGCGUCCUGACUGCAUGUCAGCAGACAAGUGCCAGCUGCACCAGGGUUCCACGCGCUGGCAUGUGCUUCAGUGUGGACUCGAGACCAGCAUGGCUCGGCCUCAGGAAGUCCUUCAGCCUCCAAAGUGGCCUUAGCCCUGAGCAGGUACCUGAGGGGCUUGUGGUCCAGGCCAGGGUACCUGGGAGAUGCACCUGGUGUCUGGGCAAACCUGAAGCGGUGGGAAAGGACCCUGAAGACUUGGAAGGUAGAUUGGGAUGUUCCAGCUUCCCCCGAGGUGGCAGUGGUGACUGGGCUUGGGCCUCCAGGAAGGUGGGUGAUGGGCGAUGGGGUACAGCUGAGACCUUUCACUGCCAUCUGGGGUGGGGACUGAGCCUUCACCUCCCACCACCCCAGGCCCUGUCCUCCCUCAGCCACUCGGGGUCCGCCCUGAGAGGGGUGCACCCUGAUAGGGCUCCACUACUGCCAACGCCUUCCUGCGGGGGCUCUGCCCCCUCCCACCCCCGCAGGUCUGAGAAGCCCCCUUCUCCCUUCCGUCCUGGUCUAUGCUGCAGACUCCCUCCAGGUGGCAAAAAGUAUUUGCCAGUCCUCAGAAAUCUUUUUACACAAUGUUGAAGCUGCAUUUUGGCUAAUGUUGGUAGUUUACUUUAGCAAAAAGGGAAGAGAACUUUAAAAGUCGAUCAGUCCUCAGAGACUCAGUCUUUUUUUUUUUUUCUAGUUUAUUGAAAAAUGCAGUACAAGAAGCAAGACCAAACACAUACCUAAACACUACAGUUCUCUUACUACGAAAGGCCAAAACAGCAGACCUCAUUAUUGCCUGUGGAACCUAAGGAUUUUGCCAAUUUGAUUCUGCU